GGUCCUUGCGGAACAGUACCGCCGGACACUGGCAGCCAAAACCCUCACUCAUUGGCGAGUACUAGAAGGGUCAAGUCCGUCGGCGCCACUAUGCUGCACAUCACGGAUCAUCAAAAAAGAGCUAGGCCGAGCGCCAGAAAGAGUAAACCGAGACACGGAAAGCCGCAAUGCACGGCAAGAUCGCCCUCGAGGAGGCGUGGGCCAUCGAGGAGAACUUCGAGGCCUAUGACGUGUCCAAGCUGGCGCCCAAGGGCGUCAUUGGCGGCGACUUGGUGGCCAACCUGCUCGACGUGCACGGGGAGCGGCUGAGGCAGAUGAACGAGAACGGCAUCGACCUGAUGGUGCUCUCGCUCUCAUCGCCGGGCGCCCAGGGCGUGGCCGACCCGGCCCGGGCGGCGGCGCUGGCGUCGCUAGCCAACGACAGGCUCGAGGCCGAGGUCGCGCGCAACCCGCGCCGCUUCGCGGGCCUGGCGUCGGUCAGCAUGCACGACCCGGCGCAGGCGGCCGGGGAGCUGCGGCGCCGCUUCGGCGACAACGGCGGCGGGCCAACCGGGGGCGGCCUCGUGGGCGUCAUGCUGAACGACUACCAGACCGGCCCCGCCGACGACAAGAACCAGAUGAUCUUCUUCGACGGGCCAGAGUACGACGUCUUCUGGGCCGCGGCCGAGGAGCUCGACGUGCCGGUCUACCUGCACCCACGCGAGGCGACACCGCUUAUCACGGAGCAGAUGUGGAGGGGCAGGCCUUGGCUGGCGUUCUCGGCGCUGGGUUAUGCGCACAGAGUGGGGAUGCACCUUCUUGGGAUCGUAACCAACGGGGUACUAGACCGGUUCCCGCGCCUCAAGAUAGUUAUUGGUCACAUGGGGGAGCACAUCCCAUAUGAUCUCUACCGCAUCGACCACAAGCUCAACCGGGCGCGGUUCCCGCAGAUGCCCAUGGCCGGGGACAAGCUGGUGCGCGACUAUUUCGGGACGAACCUCUUCAUCACAACGUCGGGGCACUUCUCGACGCCGGCGCUAGUGUGCGCGAUGCACGAGGUGGGCGCGAGGGCCGUCAUGUUCUCAGUCGACUACCCCUUUGAGAGCAUCCCCAACGGGUGCGUCUGGUUCGACGAGCACGUCGCGCGGGCCGUCGGCGCCGCCGACCUCGUCGACAUGGGGCGGAACAACGCGCUCGGGGUGUUCUCGCGGCUUGCCGACUCGCGCGGGCCCCACGCCGCUAAGCCCAUGAGCCCCCGCGAGUGCCGUGUCGGCGGGCUCGGGCUCCGCGAGGGGGAUGAGAGUGAGGUCGAGUACGGGCUGUACAACAGGAGCUGGAGCAAGCGGUUGGAGAUGAAGGAGUGACUGUGGCCAGUCUACCCCGAAACUCGGUGUUUGUUUUCCAUGUGCGGGAAAGCUGUUAGUUGGCUGGCGUUGGUGGGCGAGACGCCUGAACCUUGUCCAUAGCCCGCCAGAGGCAUGAAAUGAGGCUCUUUUUGAUCCUUUUCCAGGGCGCAAAAGAGGCUCGGCAGCAGGCAAAAGUUAUUUUUCUCACCGACCGAUUCUAGUAGGUGCCCGAUGUCCGUUACUCAAUGUUAAA